UCUUGACAGAUCUUGCUCUGAGGAGAUCUUACGGUGAAGAGACGGGGACCGGGUGAAGCUGGUGGGGCUGCGCUCGUGUGAUCGACCGCCGCAGCGUCCAUUCGGUUAUUUUUUAUCUGCGUUGUUUUCAUGAGGAGAAGAAACCCCGUCACAAAGAGAAACGACGAAAAAUACGAUUAUCAUAAUUUUCUAGCGGCGACUGAAGCCAACCCCCCUUUAAAAAUAAUGAAAUAAACGCGGAUACCGAGGAUAAUCCACAGACUGGCUCAGACGACGCCGCCGUUAUUUUCUCCAUUUCCCUUGUUCUCUCAGCGAUUUACUGUUUCUCAGUUUACAGAAUUGGUCCCAGUAAUCUUCUCUAAAACAAGAAAGUAAUGAAGUUCUGAAGAGCCUUAUAUAAGGAAUAGGGGAUGGAGGAUCCAUGCAAGGACUCAGUACCAAUCGACAUGGCAAACCCUCAGGAGAUCUGCAACAACGCUUUAAAUGGAGGUGAGGUUGUCAGCAAGCUUGAGAGUGAGACCACUCCAAUAAUCCCAAAUGAGACGUGGAAUGUCAGUUCUCCCACCAUCACAAAGAGGUCUCUCUCCCCUCUUUUGACUAUUCAGGCCACUCCUGUUGUGGCCCCAGCUACUGAAUCACCUGGAGGGGUUGCUCUGAAAGUGGCAACCACUGUCCUGCAACCCAUCUGCUUGGGGGAGAGUCCAGUUGUGCUGCCCAUCCUUGCUGGAACAGCAGCCCCUCAAGUAGGACAGACUGGGACCACCCCAUACUUGAUGACAAGCCAAGGUCCUUUGUCCCUUCCAUUGGUUUUGGAACAGCAGGUGUUGCAGCACCUGAACCCCCAGCUACUCCAACAAACUGCCACUUGCCCGGCCCUGUCGCUGCAGAAUAUGUUGUGCCAGAACCCUUCGCUUGCACUUGGACCUCCUCCUGCCUUGGACCAGAAAGGAGCUGGUCCAGUACUCGAUGCAAGCCUCUUGACUUUGCUUCAGAAUCCAAACUUUGCCGCCAUUCUGCAGGACCUUUUUCCAGGUCAGGGUAAUACCUCGCCCACUUGCCAUACAGCAUCACCCCCCCAGGCGGACCCGUUUUCAUCCACUUUUUUAACCCCCCCUCCAUUUGCACAUGCCUAUAGCUCUCCACUUGCUCCUCUGGUGCCACCAGCUACUCUGCUUGUCCCUUAUCCCGUUGUCGUUCCUCUUCCAGUGCCUCUUCCAAUCCCAAUUCCCAUCCCGAUUCCUGUCUCAACUUGUAAGGACACUAAAGUAGACACUGAACCUCCUAAACCUACUUUCUCUUUGAGUAAGAGCACUCAGACAUCCACUCAUGACUUCCUUUCUGUGGUGACACCUAACAAGGUCACUGCAGUCCCUCAACCACCUUUUGGCUCUCCGUCAUCCCCAGUGUUGAAAGAAGGGGAAGUCCUGGACUUGUCAUUUAAGCCUCCCCAAACACAACAAAUGCAGAGUGGCAGUUCUGUAGAGAUUCAACAGUUUCAGCAAGACAGUGCCCUUGAUCUGUCCGUGCCUGGCGAGAGAAAAACAUGCAUCCAGUCUUGUAGCAUCUAUGGACUUCCACCCACUGACUCACUCUCACAUCCACGAGACAGAACUUCUGUCUCUGGAGAGGGGGUUAAUAAUGGAACUUUGGCUCUAGGGGUACUAAGGCCAGUAGACUGCACUCCCAAAUUGGACACCAAGCUUCUGAGCAGUUUAGCAUCUUUGGAGUUUAGCAAACAGCACAAGUGGGUGGUGGACAAUGGAAGCAGUGGCUCUGUUAUCAGUUCGGUCCACGACGCUGCCCUUGGAAGCAGUGGUAACAUUGAGAUUGUCAGCACUUCACAGACAGCCAAGGUCAUUGUGUCUGUUAAGGAUGCAAUGCCAGCCAUUUUUUGUGGCAAACUUAAAGGUCUGUCAGGCGUCUCCACAAAGAACUUCUCUAUCAAAUGUGAUGCCAGUCAAGGGAGUUACGCUGCCCUGCCCAGGGCCCAAGGCGAGCAGCAGGGAGACCCGAGGGACACACUUAAAAAGAUCCCCAAAAACAGAGCCAUCAAAUUAAAGAAGGUCAGUUCCCAGGAGAUACACAUUCUGCCCAUAAAGAAGCAGCGGCUGGCCGCAUUCCUGCCCAGGAAAUAACGAGAAAUUUAGAACAUUUAGUUUAAUGUGAAAGAAGGGGGUGACUGAGCACUGGAGGAAAAAAGAAAGAAAGAAAAACAUGCAGUGUAGGCAAAAAAGCCUGAAGCAAAGGAAGACAGAGGGAGCGGGGCGGGAAGUAGAGAUUGUUGAUCCUCAAGGCAUUCCUGGCAAGUACAAGACCUAGACGCACUGCAAACUGUCCAGACGAUUUAGGGCAGUGCUGGCCGCCUCUGGUCUGCUGGUUGGCAUUUGAUCCAUUCAUUAUAUAGCGAUCAGACAGAUUCUUUAAGUGACUUGAGUCAACAGGAUAUAUAAUGCUGAGAAUACUGAGUAUUAAAGGGGCUGAAAUGACAGACUGCAAUACUACUGUACAAAUCGAUUGCAUUUCCACAUUUAAUUAACCGCAUCUCUGCCUCGAAUACGCAUGUUGAUUUUGGUUGCACACGAAUCUUUAUGAAUUAUUCAUGAGUCUUCUCCAAUCUAAAUGGUCAUUAAUAUGCAUAAACCCAGUUGCUAGCUGCCAUGUCAAACAUGUCUCUGUUCAGUGUUGGUUCUUGCAUAGGAUGUUCCCUCAGCUUUUGUUUGGAAAUGAGCUUCAUAAAAGCAGAUCUUUGUAUUAGUUUGGGGUGGAGUGUGUGUGACCUCUGUGCUCCCCCCCCUUAGCAGGUAAUCGCUGUAUUAAUCAGCGGAUCAGUGUAGCGGAGCAUCCGCUUUGAUGGGGGGCAGGGCUAGCGGUUAGCGCAGCAGGCUAAUAAUGACUUGGCAAAGCGCAGGCCUCUGUUUCAUUAACUUUGAUGAUCAGCGGAAAUGGUUGCCAGUGGCAACAAAGCAGAGAUUUCAUCCUUCCGCUUUCUGUAUUGUGUGUGGGUGUGUGUGUGUGUUGGGGGGGAGGUGUUGGGGGGAGAGGAAACACACACUUCUCUGCAGCCCACCUCAACUCAAAUUAAAACUAAAUAAUUACCUGAGGAUUGUUCAGAAGAACUUGCUCGUGCCUUUUUUUCGGAUUACAACAUUAAGGGUCAUUAUCAAAAUACUGCGCCUUUUGGGUAUCGGCAUAUAUUAAAAAUUACUUAAGAUUUGUUAUUCUUUUAGCUGCACAGAAAGCGUAAUUUUCAGCUUGCUUACUUUUAGCAAAAAUUGGCAUUUAUUGAAAGCUUGGUUGACCUAGAGUCAAUUGAAAUAGUUGAUGGUGACCUUAAGCGUAAGCUUUAUCUCAGCUAAGUAGGGAGACAAUAUGAUAAAUAUCAAGUUAAAAUAAUAUUAUUAAUUACUGAAUAUUCAGCAAUAUUGAAAAUAAAAGUGUGAAGGUUGUGAUGCCACUGUCAUGUGACUUUCUUAAAGAUGGACAAGGAAUUUUUAGACACAUUCAAAUAGUUUGAUAUUUUUAGGAACAUAACUAAAUAAAAAAUUAAAAUGUUAAAAUGAUUUAAAGCUUAUUUAACAUAGAAAAUAGCCUAAAAAUGAUCUAACCUGUAAAAUUAAUUAUUUCACUUUUUUAUUUAACUUAUUUAGCAAAAACCCACCCAAUCUUAAAUAUGCAUUGUUACAGUGUUUGUAUGAAAUGUAUAUGUAACUAUGCUAAGGACGCAGAAGGCAUGAUAUACUGAUAUUGACCCUUGGUAGAGUUGAAUCCAGACGGUUGUUUAAAAAAAAUGAUCUUGCACAAUUAAAAUGACAACCAGUUUAGCAAAAUGUCUAAAACAAAUUACUGCACCCCCUUACUCCUAUUCCCAACACUGUUCAUGACCCUUUUUUCUAUGCCCUUUAUUUAGUCCUCCUGGCUCUGGAUUUGGAACAGCUUUAGGCUUCUUUCUCACAUAUUAGUGGUUGAGAGGAAAAUUUUAUCUCAAGAAUUUCAAACUCUCGGAUCCCGUUUGGCUUUACCCCUCAAUAUCAGAGUAAUGACCUGCUUAACUACAUAUAAAUAGCAUCUGUUAUUACUGUGCAUCUGUUAUUAUGUGUGAUCCUGUAAUUAGUGAAAUCAGUCCCCUACAAUCUUUUUUUCUUUUCAGUUUGUAUUUACAGUUUGUGUCGUGCUACUUCAUGUGUUUGGGAGAAAAGGUGUGUGUGUGUAGGUGUGUGUUAAUGAAGUGAUAAAACAUGUUUGUGUAAAUCUGGCUUUGUUUACACUUGGUGUUUUUCCAACACGUUAUCUACACGACUCGACUCUUUUUAAGGCAAAUUUGGUGCCUGGUACCUGAAACUAGAGCUGCACCAUCGCAAUGUGUGCAUGUGCAAUAAUCACAUCUUACACUAAAGGCAAAGGAAAUCUACUAGGUCAUGCUUAUUUGCUCAGUAAUAAAAAAGGUUAAUCUGGCAGAGUGCUGAUGGACACACUAGACACGCUCUAUGUGAAAAAGAUCUCAACAUUUCACAGAAGCCGUGGUAGUGGAAAACGUACCAGGUACCAAGAAGUGGGUAGAGUAGUGCAGUGCAGUGGAAAAAUGCCAUUUGUUCCCUUAAAGAAUUAAAACUCAAUCUGACCUCCUACCAGCUGUGUUAGUCAGAUACCACAUUUACAGUACAUUCAUAUGUAGACUUAGAGAGUUCAUUAGCAAAAAAAUCCGGUCACAUCUAUUUAAAUAUAUGAAUAUAUAUUUAAAAUCAAGAUCAUCAGAGUCCACACAUCCACGCUGCUUAGUCAGUGUCGUCCUUCCUUUUUUUGCACAUGUUAACUAUAUGUAGCUCUAGAGCCUUAAUGUAUUUAACUGGCAUGUACGUCCUGUUCCUUUUCUGAGUGUUUGCCUUGCUGGGAGAAACAGGCAACCACUGCAUGAAUACUUUCAGAGAGGAAUAAACAACAUGACUGUUAACAUGUGAACACAGUUUCAGCGUGAACCACUUCACAUUCUGGAACGCGGAUGUCCACCUUACUCCUGAGAUUGUAAAUGACAAUUUUGUAGAGAUUGUUAUGGAAGUACUCUGUGGGAGUUUUUAAAUAAAUGGCUUUUUGUAAAUGAAGAGGAAAAUGUGGAAAUGCCACAGAGGAAAUACAAAACAAAGAAAAACAAAAAAGAGUCGGCCAUGUUUUUAAAUUAUUUAUUUAUUCUUAUUUGUAUCAUUUAAAAUGUGGAAAAAUGUGUAUGUGAGGGGUGCAUUACCUUUUAAAAAUGUAAUGAUUAAAAAUGUCUAUUAACAUCUGAA